UGGCAGACGACAAAAACGCCAUUCAGCGAGUUUCCUCUCGGUUGUAAUGGGACCGUUUUGCAUCAUUGAUGAUGAUUAAAGGUUUUCCGUUGACUCCAGUUAGAUGGUAGCACAACGGCCAUUUGUUUAGUGGAGUUUCAUUGGCGAGUGUCAAAAUUGGAUUUUAUAGGAGAACAUUUGUUGGUGGUUCUAAUUAAAAAGAAUGCCAACUUCCAGUCAAGCUUUGAUCAUUCUUGCUGUUGACGGUCGUCUGCCGAAGAAGACCCCGCGUCAAACAUAUCCGGUGAUGUCAGUUCCUUAUCCGCUCAGAGACUAUAACAUGACGGAAGCCUGCAUGACUCUAGAAAAUUGCAACGAAGACGAUGCAGAUGACGUAAUAAAAUUAUUAAAACAGGAUAGACGACUUAAAGAUUCUGAUAUGUCAGAUACUCUUUCAGAUGUUUUAAGAAUAUCAAGCUUUAAGGGAGCCUUGACCUUUGACCCCGUGUCAAGACUUCUGCGAUGGCAAAUUAAUACUGAAAUUCCGCAAAGUGUCCGGAAUGAAUAUACGAGCCAUUUUGAAAACCGACUACAAUUUCCAAACAUAUACGAAAAAGAAAAUAUGUUCCCACAAAAGAACCAGGGGUAUGCAAAAUCGUCUUACAUUGAAAAAGGACAGUGGUCCAACAUUAAUGCCCAACCAGACACUUUACACAGUCAACAAAACCUACAAACGUAUAGCGAACAAAGGGCUUUUACUUUAAGAAAGUCAGUAGGAGAAUAUCCUAAUCAUCAAAUGCAGGGAGAUAACAUGGAAACAGGCAAAGAAAUGGCUGAAGAUGCAGAUAUGUUUUCAGAAAAGGAGAGAUUGUAUGGUAAAAUGGAUGCAAACACAAAUAGAGGCGAAAACAACAUGAAAAGAACCGUUUCGCUUCCGAGUUUAUUCAAGGCAAGGAUAAACAAAGAUUUGUAUCAGAAACUUUGUUCGUUGGGAUUCCGAAAACCAAAGGAGAUGAAAGAAGAAGAGAAAAGAAAUGUGCUUCAUCGACACAAACCAACAAGUGACCCAACUCACGCAAAAGCAUGGGACAAUGAAACCGUUACGGAAGAUGUAGAGAAUUUAGAAGACAAAGACUUCCGACUAGAAGAUCUUUCAUUGAAGACAGACAAUCUUCAUGCAGUGAACGAAGGUGGCCAAAGUAUGGCAGCAAAGUUGGUGCAUUUGUUCCCAAACAACCAAGAAUAUCAGAAAUAUCUUAAAGAAAGGGACGCAUUUUACGAAAAAUUCGACAAUUACGAGUCAUAUGCUUCAACUGGAACUGCAAACAUUACUCCAAGGAGAAAAGAUGACGAGUUUUUAACAGGUUAUCAGCGCCUUCCUGAUAUUCAACAAGACAAAUCAAGAUGUGACGUAGUAGAAGAUACUACCGAUUACAGUAAAACCAAAGGAGGAAAAGAGACAAAAAAGUCGUUAUUGGAAGAAGUGAAGGAGAAAUCCAACUACAGCAAAUGGAAGAAAAGGAGACUGACAACAGUGCGCAUGCGGAAAGAGAUACCUCCCUCCGACCCGCUCUGUGUUUGCUUUAAUUUACCAGACAACGCCAUGAGUCAUGGGGAAGUCAAAGCGUUAGUUGAGGACAGUUGCGGGGGAAGUGUUAGCGAGGUCCAAUUUGAUCCCGUGAACGUUGUUGCUAUUGACAAUGAUGCGCCAUCCCGAUGGAUUGUACGCAUGCGCGAUAUGAAAAGUCGGGAUAAGUUUCUACAAACUGGGCUAAUUGUUGAUGGAGAAAGACGGGAGGUCAAGCUUCUAGAUCUUCUUCACCAAGAGGAAGUGGAUGCAUAUAGAUUUUAUGAACUAGUCCAGAAAGGAAAAGCGAAACUGCCAGGAAGUGACGCAAGUACAAAGCGGAAGAAAUCAAAGGCCAGCUACUAAAUCGAAUCCAACAUACACUAUAUGUGCAAUAUAUCUAAAGCCCGAACACAGCUGAAUAAUUUAUUCAAUACAUCUUGUUAGUUUACUUACAUGACCGUAUAUAUGUACACGAUGUAUGCAAUUUGCGCAAACCGACUGUAAUACUAUCAUCAUCUUAACCCAAUGUAAAUGCUUAUAUGCUGCACCUUUGUUGUUUAACUUCUGUGCAAGAUCAUUCUAACACGUUUCCGAGAUGUUGCCGAUGCCGGUUUAGCAUACCAAGUUAAUGCUUGCGUAAAAGCUAGUCACAACGCAUGAAAACGUGGUAUAAACGUUGCAUGAUCUAUAUAUGACCAACAACUUUCACUUGCCUAGCAAGAGGCAACCGGUUUAUGUUUUCGCACUGGACUUGAUCCUGUUCACGUCAUACUAUCUAUAAACAGUAUUCUGACUAAAUUGUGACGUACUACAGUACUUUUGUGCCAUACUUGAAUCUGGAAUUCAUAAAAAAAAAUGUACACUCCUGUCAAUAUAUCACAUCUUUAUUCAAUACAUUUACAAAUUCA